UUGCAGAUCAGAGCAACAGAAAUUGUGCCCAGCGGCGCUUUCGGCAUCGGUUACACGCUGCGAUUCCCUCGGGUAGUAAAAGUACGCGAAGACAAGGCAUGGUCUGACUGCAUGACCGUCGAAGAAUUUCUGAACCUGAAGGAGGUAUAUGCCGGAAGGCUCGCUAGGAUCAUUGAUAAUCGUGCAAUGGAUGGCGUUGAUACUCGCUCCUCAAUCCAUCCUCGUCAUAAACCUUCAUCUUCCAAGCCACGCCCUCAGCUAGGCACCCAAUUCGAACGGGCGGCUGUGCGUGACUAUGAUGAGAAGUCAACUGUCUUCGACGGCUUAGAGUUUUGCAUAAUAAACGGUUCAACCAGUUUUCCGAAGAAAACUCUCGAGCGGUUGGUCUUAGAAAAUGGUGGCAGCAUCGUGCAGCAUCCGACCGAGAACACGUAUUGCGUCGUUGCUGAUAGGCUGGUCGCCAGAGUUCAGAGCAUAAUCGAGUCCGGGUUGUACAACGUUAUUAAGGCGCAAUGGCGGCCCCAUUUAAUGUGGUAUUCGACUGAAGCGACCGCGUCUCAGUUUAAAUUGACUUUCGAUGCAUAUGGUGACAGUUUCUUCGAGCCGGUCUCGAUUGAUGAUUUGAAGGCAAUUGUCUCAGCUCUCAGUCCGAUGAGUCUUCCGCGCCACAAAGUCAUGGAACUUAUUGCAGAACUGUUCCCGUCGUAUAAAUACAAGCUGUUUUACGGCCUGAGGGUAUAUGUCGAUUUUUUUGGCACAGUCAACAAUCCCGAGUCGAAGAUAAACUCCUCGCCAUUGGACAUCGUUGAAUUAAGGCUGAAACUUUAUGGUGCAAGUAUUGUUGACACUGUCGAUGAGACUACAACUCAUAUCAUCGUAUUCUCGAAUGACAUGUCAAGAGUACAAGCUCUCAACCAGAUAUGUAGCCAAAUAUGUCCAAAUGCCAUACUUGUAACGGAACAGUGGGUGACUGACUCCGUCGACCGUGCGGCAUUAUGCGAUGUUUCAGCGUAUUCGCCGCUGAAGUAA